AUGGCGUCCUAUCCCACAACCACGCCACCGCCGGCGACGCCCGUCUUCCUCAAGCUCUCCUUCCCAGCGCCCCGCGUCCUCCUCGUCCGCAUGGACCGCCCGCGCGACCUCAACGCCAUGCCGACCAUUGGGCAGAUCGAAAUGAACGAGGUCUGGACGUGGUUCGACGACGAGCCCAACCUCAGCGUCGCCAUCAUCACCGGCACCGGCCGCGCUUUCUCGGCCGGCGCGGAUCUCAAGGAGUGGAACCGCUCCAUGGCCCCCGAUGCCGACCCCAGCAAGCGCAUGGGCAACGCCCCGGCCUUCAAGCCGCUGUCGCGCCGUCUCGGCAAGAAGCCCGUCAUUGCGGCCGUCAACGGCCUGGCCAUGGGCGGUGGCUGCGAGUUCAUUGUCAACUGCGACCUGGUGGUCGCCGCCGACGACGCCUACUUUGCCCUGCCCGAGGUCAAGUGCGGCAUUGCCGCCAUUGGCGGCGCCCUGCCGCGCCUCCUCCGCACCGUCGGCCUGCAGCGCGCCACCGAAAUGGCCCUGACGGGCCGCAACGUGUCGGCCCAGGAGAUGCAGGCCUGGGGCGUCGUCAACAAGGUCGUGCCCAAGGACCAGGUCGUCGCCGAGGCCGUGCGCUACGCCGAGGCCAUUGCCCAGCACAGCCCGGACGCCAUCAUCUGCUCGCGCGCGGGCAUCCGCCAGGGCUGGGAGACGGCGCCCGUCGAGCGCGCCGUCGAGAUUACCCUGGAGCGCGAGUUUGCCGAGCUGCAAAAGGGCGAGAACAUCCUCGAGGGCCUGGCUGCCUUCAGCGAGAAGCGGGCGCCCCGGUGGAAGGCGAGCCGGCUGUAG